AUGAGCAAAAGUUGCCGCGGUGCAGUGGGAUCUCAACUCUCAAGUGACCUUUUUGCCGGAUAUCUCUACCUGUAUCCCCGUGUUCUCUUUUUCGUCCAGAUCCCAACCAUCGGUUCGGUAAACAAAAGGAUCUGCCUGGGCCGACCUUUUGCAUUUUCACUGUUUCAUUCUCCUCACAACUCAUACCGCCACGUUCAAACUCUGCGAAACAUGGCCUACGGGCAUCGUUUCAUUCAGAAUCCGCCACGGUAUGUCCUCCAAUGGCAACUUCCCGACUUUCGUUCCAUUUUCUGAAACUCGAUAUUCCACAAUUGCAUUCUCUUUCGAACAAAAUUUCAUUUUUAAGCGUCUAAUAAGAAAAAUAAUUUGAUCAAAUAAAAAGUAACGGCAUUUUUUUAAUCCAAAAAUGAAUCUAUGAGGUCUUUUUUGAGACAGACGACGUUCAUAAAUCGUUAAAUACUUUUUUGCUCUUUACCGACCGCUCUGCACUUUGGGAACAAACAUUUUUCGAUUUAGCAAAAAGCUGAGAAAUAACAUUUCUGAAUGCAGGGGGACCGCGUUGGCCGCAGCGAAAGAGCUUCUGGAAGAGUCACGCGGAAAGUCUUGGGAGCAACUCGUUCGAGAACGAGUUCGUGACGUCGAAGGCACUCCCUUCUGCGAAAGGUGAGGCGAAAUCGAGUGAUAAACGACCCGGCUCAACUUCAGGCUAACCGAAGACGAAAUCGAAGAAAGUCUUGACAAAAUGCCCACUUACAACAACUACCGUUGUAACCGUAGCCGUUCGGUCGACCUCAGCAGUAUAUCCAGGUUUAGAUUUUGAUAUUGUUAACAAAUGAGGUUGAAGUGUUUUUUUUUUUGCCGUUUUAUAGAACAAGUCAGCUCAAAUGAGAUCUCGUACGAGUCGAUAAAGAGUAUUUUACGAAGUGAGCUGCAUUCAAUAAACCAAUUCAAAAAUUUUUUUCGAAAACUGGCGCAAUAAAGACAGAUGGGUUUCCAGAGAGAAGUAUUUAUCACGCUGGUCGCGAGAGAACACGCCAGUCGACAACGACAAGCGCUACGAGUCUCACGUCCGCCGCAGUUAUACGCCUGUCCGCGAUGUCGCCGGAGUUCAGGUCUUCCUUCCAGCCUCUCAGUGUGUUCUCAAACCGCUCUCCGCUGCAGAAAUAUUUUGCUUCAAACAGAAAUGACUGACAAUUCUUCUUCAAGACGAAAAAAUGAAGUUCCACGGAAAAAAAAAUGAAAAAAAAAAUGAACUUCGUUUCUUUUUUUCUAGAAACACUUUUCUUUUCCCUUUCUUGAUACUGUGAAAAAAAUAAAUUCAUGACUUCCUUUUUAAAGAAAUUUCCUUUUUCCUUGUUUCAUUUUUCUUAUAAAUUGGACGCAACCUAUUGAUUAUUACGUCUCAAUAAAAAAAAAUGAAAAAAAAUUAUUUUUUUAUAGCUCGAAGGUUUACCCCUUCCGUAAUAUGACUAGUGCGAACCAAGUUCAUUUUUGAAAAUGGACUGUGUUAAAGUUUGAAUCUCCCUUUUCCCUCGUCCCGUUGAUGCUGUCCAGCGUUCAACAGCCAGAUGGAUUGCAGCAUGUCAACGACUCUAACUUGCAUCGCUCGAGAUCGGCUUUGUCCAUUGUAACUGCGCCCUACCACACCAACAUCCAUUAUCGUUCCGAGGUCUUUUUUUUCUGAAAGCUUUUUGCCAACGUGUUGUCGGUUAAGAUGGAACCGUUCCGAAAGUACGACGUUUACGGUCUUCGCACCUGGAGCUAUCCUAUUUACAAGUUUGUAUCCAUGAGAAAAGUCAACUUGUAAAUUCAAUCAGAUAUGUCUACGGCCGGGAUUCUGACUACCGCCGACCAUAUUCGUUCAACAGACAAUAUGCCAACACACCUCUUUACACUCCGCCUCAGAUGACUGCCGAAAGCCGUCCGAUCACCACACGUCGCGGGUUCGCCUUUUACUUCUUUUUGGAAAUCAUGGACCAGUGGCAGAUAUUCGGGAUACUCUUACCUAGCCAACGAAACCAACUACGACAUUUCGAGCCGACCUCAAAGCCUCAGCUCCUACAUGUACUCCAAGUCUUACCUAGGGACUUCGUAAGAACCUUUAUGUCUUAGCGGCAAGACUUUUUUUUUUUGAAGAAGCGCCCCAUGGUACUGGUCGUACUACGGUAACAGCGGACUGCGGCACUUCAACAGCUACCGACCUCACAACUACACGAGCUCGACGGCCAGCUGGUCUCGCUACUUCUAA